GACUGGAUUAUCCGUGAUGGUCAGUCCCUCUCCUACAGCCGAGGUCGUGUCCGGUCAGACCCUCAGUAUCACGUGUCAGUGGUCAGCUGACUACACAGGUCUAAAUGCUGUUGUUAACUAUAGACUAAAUGAUGGUGGAGGUAGAAUAGGCAAUGUGUUAAUAAAUUUUGGGACAUCAUGUCCAUCAACACCACCCUACACAUUUACCUGUAACAGAGACACGAGGACACUGGGGAUACAGAUUCCCGCCGACAGUUACAGUCACGGGGACAGAUGGACGUGUGAGGGGAGAAAUGACAACUCCGACAGUACAACACCACCACAGACAGACACGACCACAGUGGACGUUAUAGUUGGUCCUGGUACUGUUACCCUGUCCCCACCGGACACUACCUACACCAGGACUGAGGGGGACACAUUACCGGACAUCACCUGUACAGCUGACUGUAGUCCAGGCUGUUCCUUUGUCUGGACAAAACCUGACAACACCAACUUCACUGUCUCAGCUGUGUUGUCACUGGGACAACUGGACAAGUCAGAACACGGGACGUACAGAUGUACUGCUAGGAAUGUUGUCGGGGAGUCAACUACAACUGUAACUGUGUCUGUGAUGUGUAAGUUAUAUACACUGUUAGGCUUGUUUAAGUCAAUGAAAAUGCUAAGAAGUAUUUUAUUCAAAUAA